UCGCCAAUCCGCGGGCGGGUUGGCGCUGUCACGUGGCGCGGCGCUUCCUUUCUCUGUGCGCCUCUCUUUCCUUCUUCGGCCGCCAUCUUGUUCUCGCCGCGUGUUGGCAGCGGGGGCUCCGCCGCGCUCAGACGUAGCACUAUGAACCAAGAAAAACUGGCCAAGCUUCAAGCACAGGUCCGAAUAGGAGGAAAGGGUACAGCUCGCAGAAAGAAGAAGGUGGUGCACAGAACAGCUACAGCUGAUGACAAAAAACUUCAGAGCUCCCUCAAAAAACUGGCAGUAAAUAACAUUGCUGGCAUUGAAGAGGUGAACAUGAUAAAAGACGAUGGAACAGUUAUUCACUUCAACAACCCCAAGGUUCAAGCUUCCCUCUCUGCCAACACCUUUGCAAUUACUGGUCAUGCAGAGGCUAAACCGAUCACAGAAAUGCUUCCAGGCAUCUUAAGCCAGCUUGGUGCUGACAGCUUAACAAGUCUCAGGAAGUUAGCUGAACAAUUCCCAAGACAAGUGUUGGAUAGUAAAGCACCAAAAUCUGAAGAUAUUGAUGAAGAAGAUGAUGAUGUCCCAGAUCUCGUAGAAAAUUUUGAUGAAGCAUCAAAGAAUGAAGCUAACUAAAACAUUAAUAGUUCUGGAAGCUGGCAUGGACUAGAUUUAAGAAAUCAGCUAUGUGGUUCCAAAGUUUUAAAGAAACAGAGAACAUCAUCUGUUAAUAGUUCAGUAAUAUAAAUAUUUUGUAUUUUUAUGAUGCUGUUUGUUCAGCAUUUUCUGUCAGUUGAUUUUGCAUUUUGCACUUACUCCCAGGAUCUACUCUUUUGGUCAAAAAGAAAUGUCAGUGCAGUUUGAGGGGUAUGUGUGUAUGUGUGUGGGUGUACGUAUAGUGGAGAACAAAUUGGAAACAUAUUUAACCAUCUACCCUUUUCCUUUGGAAAUAGAAAUAAAAUGAAUCUUCAGCAUUGUUACUUUGAUUAUCACCAAAUAGUGUACAGAGGGAGUUAAGAUUAACAUUUUGUCCACAUUUUGUGACCUGAAGGCAUUACACCAUUAAAACUUGGGGUUAAUUUGCUGUAAUUAUUGUACUUUCAGGUGUGUUUCUCAGUGUACACAUUUUUUAUCAACAUUGUGUUGAUCCCAGAUAUUAGGGGAGAUGAGCUGUUUUAGCAGCUUGUUUGGUACAGUAACUUUUUAAAAACUUGGUCUCAUCAAAGUGUGCUUUUUAAAACCUUUUUCAUUUUGUUUUGGUUUUGCUUUGUUUUUUGGUCUCUAAAGUUUUGAUACAAGCUGGUAUUUGACUCCUUCCAUGUAGGCUUAGCAGUAUGUUCUCAUGUUGGUUACUAAAGUAUUUCCCAGUCAAAAGAAAACCACCUUGGUUCUCUACUGUGGGGUCACUUCCUAAGCUUGGAGGUCUGGUUGGUAACAGUCCAGUGCACCAGUUUUGCACAGUAACAAGUUUUUGCUUGAAUAACUUCAAGCUGUUCUCUUGGCAUGACUGCAUUUACUAGCAGCUGAUGAUCCACUUUCAUUCUUAGGGCACUAGGAACUAAAUGCACUGUGUGAGCAAUGUUUAGGGUGGGAGAAAAGAGUUGUUGACACUUUGCCUUGCUUCCUGCUGGGCAGUCUGUGCAGUGACUAGCUCUAAAGGGAUAUUUUUUUUCUUAUUUUGGUGGUUUUUUUGUUGUGUUUUUUUUUUUGCCUGUAACUUACCUUGGCCUAUAACCUACCUCUAGGUUUGGUGUCAUCUAUGUAGUAGCUUCUUACAAAACACAAGUGCUCCUCAGGCAUAAGGAGGACAUUGGGAGGUACCGUUGGUACAGUGCAGUAUUUAUGACCUUUCUUUGAAAUGCUUAAUGUGAAGCCGUUUUCUCAGAGGCUCUUUCAAGAUUCUUGAUGUAAUGUGCAUUAAAGUAUAGUUAGACAUUGUAACCUCUGUCAAGGGCAGCUGUGGCUUACAAAAGCCACUUUGUUUUUUUUUUCUCUACAUCUGUCACUUAACUAUGGCUUAAUUGGAACAUAUCAGCUUUUGGUGUAGGCUCAUAUGCUAGAGAACUGUAAUAGAACAAGCAAAUAGUCCAUGAGUUCUGGAGACUUCAUGAACCCAUGGAAGUAGAGCUGUAGUGGUUCAUCAGCUGAACUCCUCGGUUCAUUUUCUAGGCUUUGUUCAGUUUUUCCUGUUAUAUUUUAUAUACUACGUGGAUCUUACUACAAAAUAAAAUAACAGUACAAAAGGGGAAA